AUGGGCAGCUACACUUUCAAGUGGGAACACCCCGCCGAAGAAGUCUACGUUACUGGUACGUUCGACAACUGGACCAAAAGUAUCAAGCUCGACAAGCGAGGCGACAUCUUCGAAAAGACUGUCCCGCUUAAAAUCCCAUCCGACAAGGUCUACUAUAAGUUUGUUGUCGACAAUAAUUGGACCAUCAACGAAUCAUCUCCUAAGGAGGCUGACGAGGAGGGCAACGUGAACAACUUCGUUACUUCAGAAGUCAUUGCUGCUUCAGCCCUUUCCACCAACAUCAUCAAUACCGUCGGGCCAGGAUCCACCACCGCUACAAUGGCCAGCCAACAGCCCCUUGAGAAGGAUAAGCUUGUAGGUAUUAACCCUCUUCCUGCCUCGGAGACCGGAGUCAACCCCAUCAACUUGAAACCUGGCGAAAAGGUUCCUCAGGAGCUCACUGCCGGCGAUAUCCACAAGCAUGUCAAGCUGGACAAAGAGUCAUACGAGAAGAGUGACUCUCUUGUCGGAAUUACCAACCCGGCUGAUGUACCUGCCGCCAGCGCCAACCUCAUUCCCGAAUCAGGCUUACCAAUGCCCCAGAACGCGACAAUCAACACGGUGGCCCCUGGCGCUACUACUGCUACUCUAGCUGGUCAGGUUCCCUUGGAGUCCAAGCCUACGGCAAUUAACACGGUGGCCCCUGGCGCUACUACUGCCAUUCUAGCUGGUCAGGUUCCCCUGGAGUCCAAAGCUACCGAGUCUACCUCUGGCGCCGAGGACAAGAAGAAGAACAAGAACAAGAAGAAGAACGAGAAGAAGAAGCAGAAGAAGGCCGCCGCGGCCGCUGCUAACGGCAAUGGCCAUGACAACGGCAACGGCAACGGCAAUGCCACUACUACAGAUGCCGACGACGACCAGAGCGACGCCGCCGAACAACCAAAGGGCGAACACAGUGCCGCCGCCACUGCUGCUACUGUCGGUGGCAGUGUUGCCGCCGUUGCCGCCGCCGUUGCCGCUGGUGCUGCUGUUGCUGCUAGCAAGGUCAGCCAGCAGGCGGCUCCCACUCUAGACGCAGCCAAGUCUGCUGCCACCGAGGCCAUCAACAAGAACCUGCCCGAUUCCGCCAAGGAAAAGCUCCCUGAGCAGGCCAAGGAGCUGCUUGGCCUGCAGGAGACUGCCAAGGGCGUGCCCCCCGAGGUCAAGGAGUCGAUCCAGGAGGCUGGCAAGAGUCCCGAGGCUGCUGCGAACGCGGCUGCUGUUGCAGAGGAGAAGGCUGUUGAGUCUGAGCUCCUCAAGGAGGUCCAGCCUGUUCCUGCGGCCGCUGUGGCCACGGCCAAGGAGCCGCUUGUCCAGCAGGAGACUGCCAAGAAUGUGCCCGCCGAGGUUAAGGAGUCAAUCCAGGAGGCUGGAAAGAGUCCCGAGGCUGCUGCGAACGCAGCUGCUGUUGCAGAGAAGAAGGCCGUUGAGUCUGAGCUCCUCAAGGAGGUCCAGCCUGCUCCCCCGACCGAAGCUCCCAAAGCUGAGGACAGGUCCGCCGUGGCUGCUGUCGGUCAGGCUACCGAGAAGCCUGCUGAGACCAUCAAGGCCCCUGCCCUCGCCCCCAUAGCCCCUGUCCUAGCUCCCAUCACUGCUCACCAAGCUGGACCUGCUGAGAACGGCGCUGCCAAAGCCGCAGGGGGAUCCUCCAUCCCCAAGCCGACUGAGCCUAAGCCAAAUGAGACCAAAGUCACUGUGUCGAAGCCGGUGACCCUCACUCCUGCUCCGCAGACUACUGAAACCAAAGCUAUCGAUGCCACUCUCGACCAGUCCUCCGAGACUAAGUCUGCAGAGCGCGCUAUCCCCCAAGUUGCAGAGGUUCCCAAACCCGCCGAGACGAUUCCGACCAUCUCUAAGCCCGUUGAAACCAAACCCGUUGAAACCAAGCCCACCGAGACCAAGCCUGCCGAGACCAAGCCUCCUGCACAGUCAGCCACGACUACCGAGCCCGCUGCCAACGGCUCUGGCCUGAAGUCUACCGUUGCCACUGCCACGGAUAAGACCCAGAACACUGCUCGCAAUGUCGACAAGAAGAAGAGCCGUCUAAGCACCUUCCUCAGCAAGAUCAAGGGCAAGCUGUCGGACAAGAACUAG